AUGCUUCAAGAGAAGGCAUGUGCAAGUGCCUCACCGGUGUGCGGUGGAAUGAAGUAUUUGUACUGUGUUCCCACCUCUGCCGGAGCAAAGUUCCAUCAACUACUUCAACUAACGGGGCCCGAUGGCGCACAUCCAGACACAUGCAUGAUUGUGGUGAAAGAUGACCCAUGCAGCAAUUCCCGGAUUCCACAAGUGGACAAAGGGGAGGGCAACCGCACACUACAACACAACACACCACUCCACACCACACCACACACCGCUCGCUCUCCUCUCUUGACGUCAUGUCGCCUAUACUUUUCUGCCAAAUCUCCCCUUCGUCCAAAUCCACCGUUGGCACGCCCACGAGAGCAAAACAGAAUGGAGAGCGGAUUGUUGCCUUGUGACGGCAACAGCUCACCAGAGACCUGUUCACAGUUGUACCUCAGUGAACAGAAGUGUGGUGGCCUCUGCCUCACCCCUUCUGCUCCAGCAAGUGUCGUUGGCUUUGCAAUGUGUCACAUGUGCCACAAAUCGGUGUACUUUAAGUAA